CCCCAUUGCUAUUAUUAUUAUUUUCUUUUAAAUUCCGAAUUUAUAAGCUUCAAAUAUAACACAAAGAGAGAAAGAUAAUAGAGUUUCUUCUCUUGUCCACAAUCUCUCUCUUCUCUCCCCUCUCCUUCUAGGUUUUAAUACUGAUGAUGAUGAACAAAGAUAUGUUAUAUCAUCAUCAACAACAACAAGUGGAGGAAAACAUGUCCAAUCUAACAUCAGCUUCAGGAGAUCGUGCAAGUGUGUCUUCAGGAAACAGAACUGAGACUAGCGGCUCCAACUUUCAUUACAACACUAAUCCAAAUCAGCAACAGGAAGAACAGUGUCUUGCUCCACAACCAUCUCAAAAGAAGAAGAGAAACCAACCCGGCAAUCCAGACCCAGAAGCAGAAGUGUUGGCUUUAUCACCAAAAACACUAAUGGCAACAAACAGAUUCAUAUGCGAGAUCUGCAACAAAGGGUUUCAAAGAGACCAGAACUUGCAGCUUCACAAGAGAGGACACAAUCUACCAUGGAAGCUUAAACAAAGAUCAAACAAAGACGUGAUAAGGAAGAAAGUCUAUGUCUGCCCCGAGCCAAACUGUGUCCAUCAUCAUCCAUCAAGAGCUCUAGGAGACUUGACAGGAAUCAAGAAGCAUUUCUUCAGAAAACAUGGCGAGAAAAAAUGGAAAUGCGAUAAGUGUUCGAAGAAGUAUGCGGUGCAAUCAGAUUGGAAGGCUCAUGCUAAGACUUGUGGCACCAAAGAAUACAAAUGCGACUGUGGAACUCUCUUUUCUAGGAGGGAUAGCUUCAUAACUCAUAGAGCAUUUUGUGAUGCAUUAGCAGAAGAGAGUGCAAGAGCCAUACCAAACCCUAUUCUAAUCCCAUCUUCUUCUCCUCAUCAAACUCAACACAACAUAAACUUCUCUUCCUCCUCACAAAACAUCACCAGCCACAAUAACAAUCCCCAUGGUCAUGAUGAACUUCCUAUGAAGCAAGAAGAGCCACAUCAUCACUUCCACAACAUCCCUCCUUGGCUCAUCUCAUCAAACCCUAACCCUAAUGGCAACAAUGCUAAUUACUUCCCUCUUGCUUCUGCUUCAGCAAACUUCCAGCACCCAUCUCCGGCUAUGUCAGCCACAGCUUUGCUCCAGAAAGCAGCUCAAAUGGGUCCCUCAAAGUCAACAACCACUCCAGAGGAAGACGAGAAGUCGAGCUAUAAUAAGCUGAUCACAACUACAAUGGCUGCAUCGAUGAUGACGUCACCUUCAGAACCUGGAUUCGGGUUUCAAGACUACUAUAUGAUGAAUCAUCAUGCUCAUCAUCAUGACGGCGUUGGAGAAGCUUUCGACGGUGGUUUUAACGCCGGAGAUGAGAGGAACGAUGUGGUGGACGACAGUGGAGGAGAGACUAGAGAUUUCUUGGGGUUAAGACCGUUAAUGUCUCAUAAUGAGAUGCUAAGUUUCGCUAAUAAUCUUGGCAACUGUAUCAACACGUCUGCUUCAGAGCAACAACAACGAUACAGCCAUCAAGAUUAGGUAGUAGGUCGCUAGCAUAUGUAUAGAGAUUUUUAUAUGAAGUUAAAAAUAUUAUAUGUUAAGUGUUCUCGGAAAGAUAAUCAUCCCGGUGCAAGUAAGGCAACUUUAUACCAGAAAAAUUAUAAUUUUAUUUCAUGGUUAAGACCUCGUUGCGUA